UGCAGAUAUCAGAUAUCUGCAAUUGGCCAAAAUGUAUUCAAUCCAAGUGGUUUUCCUUUUGCUGGCGGUGCCAUUUUCUGCCCAAGGGCUGAAUUUGACUGUGAACGAUCUUUUUACGGAAGAACUGAUCCAGAAAGCCGCAGCUAGCAAACAUGAAGAUUUUGGUUUGAAUAUCUAUCAACUCCUGAGCAAAUACGGCUACGCCGUCGAAGACCACCAGGUGACCACCGAGGACGGAUAUAUUUUGACUUUGCACCGCAUACCCAGCGCUAGAUAUCAAACGGCUGUCGCAGACUCCAAUAAACCGGCUGUGUUGUUGAUGCACGGUCUCUUCUGCAGCUCCGUGGAUUGGGUGAGCGCUGGGCCACAAGACUCGCUAGCUCUGAAUCUUGCCGACGCCGGCUAUGACGUUUGGUUGGGAAACAACCGCGGGAACACCUGGUCGAGGAAGCAUGUCUCCAUGAAUCCAGACACAGAUAAAGAUUUCUGGGACUACAGUUUUGAUGACUGUGGUAACUAUGACCUUCCUGCCAAAAUAGACUACAUACUACAAACCACCGGUCAGCAAAAAGUAAAUUAUGUAGGUCAUUCUCAAGGAACCACCCAAUUCUUCGCCAUGGCUGCUCUGAGGCCAGAAUACAACGACAAAAUCAAUCUGAUGACUGCCUUGGCACCAGUUGCUCACAUGCAGGAUAUGGCUCAACCCCUGGUACGGUUCUUGGCAAACUAUACUUCUGUACUCGAAGUUGUCUUCAAAACAUUCAAAAUAAACGAAUUCUUGCCUCAUACAGAGCUUCUUCCUCAAGUAAUGCAAGUAAUGUGCAACGACGACUCACCUGUGCAAGAAAUGUGUGCUAAAGUUGUGUUCUUUUUGGUUGGAGAAGAUUCACCGCAAUUGAACAGGUCUUUCAUACCAGUAAUGGGUUCCAACACCCCUGCAGGGAUAUCGGUAAAGAUGAUGUUGCAUUACAUGCAAGAAAUGAAAUCAGGGUAUUUUAGAAGAUAUGAUUAUGGCAGCGUGAAAAACCUAUUGGUUUACAAACGAUUGUCGCCUCCAGAGUAUGACACUUCUUCGAUCACAGCACCUGUAGCAUUAUAUUACGGCAAAAACGAUCUUUUUGCAGAUGUAUCUAAUGUAGAGCAAUUGGCAAAUGAGCUACCCAACGUGGUAAAACAGAACUUGAUGGAAUACGAAUUAUUCAACCAUCUGGACUUUAUAUGGGCUAUUGACGUGAAGACUAUGAUCAAUGAUGACGUAGUUGCGCUGUUCAAUACGUACAACUCUAAGCUUUAGAUAUCAUGUCAUGUGGAACUGCAUUUUUUUGGAACAGCCCCCUAUAAUCACUUAAUUAAACAAUUUGUUAAAUAUUUAAUGUACAGUAUCUGUAUCUUGAAAUAGUGUUCAAAUAUACAGUUUCUUUCAAGGAUAUUAAA